AUCAGACAUCAAUUCUGAAACGCAGUGAUUGCCUCUGAGUUUUACAUUCCCUUCACACACUCUUUUUCACAGCAGAAACUCAGCAGGGAGCUGAGAAACUGGCUAUAGGGUUGAGCAAUCGUGGCAACUAAAAGAAGCUGAUUGCCUGCAGCCUUCUUCGCCGAUACACAAGGAGUGUCAUCGCAUGCGGUUCUGAGAGCUCUCUCUCUUGCUGACAGUUUAGAGUCUUCACAAACAAUUCAGUAGUGCCUACUGUUCGGUUGCUUGUAUCUCUUAGCUAUUGUCAGCUAUGACGACGACCUCUACCUCCCCUUGCGCUAUAGGCGGAAACAGUCCUGCGACUAAUGUCUCCGAAGUUUCUAUCAAUCAAGAAAAACAGGAUGUUCAAAACCCUUCCCGGUAUGCUGAUGGUGCACUCCGUGCUUGGUGCACUGUUGCUGGUGCCUUUUGUCUCCAGCUCUAUGCAAUCGGAGUGAUCACGUCUUUUGGAGUCUUCCAAGAUUUCUACACUACUACAUGGUUGACCAAGUUCUCUGCGUCAGACAUUAGUUGGAUAGGCGGGAUACAAUAUUUCUUCGAGCUUGGCUGCGCUCCAGUUGCCGGAAAACUGCUAUGUCCGAAGUGCAGUUCUGUUCGGAUCUAUGCUCUCGUGCUUCAGUUUCUUCAUGUUAUCUAUUGUCAAGCCGAAUCAGUAUUAUCAGGUCUUCCUACCUCAAGGCGUCGCGAUGGGUAUCGGGGCCUUGAUCUACCUUCCUUUGAUGACACUCGUUUCUCAACAUUUCAAAGCCCGAAAAGCCCUGCCUAUGGGUAUCGUGGCUGCCGCCGCUCCAGUUGGUGCCAUAGUGUUUACCAUAAUGUUAAACCAUUUGUUUUACAAGCUUGGUUUCACACAAGGCAUACGAGCAGCCGCUUAUAUGACUCUAGGGCUGUUUGUGCUGGGGAAUGCACUCCUUUUCGUCCCUCGAACAAAAUCCAUAUCACCGGCAUCUACACAGUCUGACCUUCCAAUUCGACCUGCACGUUUGGUGUGGGACAUGCCAUAUGUGCUUACACUCACCAGUGCUUUCCUGUUGUCACUCGGUUCAAAUACUCCCGGUUUCUAUCUACAAUUAUUCGCUGAAGUACACGGAGUGGACAAGACUGUCGUUUUCUAUUGUCUUGCCAUCAUGAACGUUUCUAGUUUUGUUGGUCGCUUGCUACCCAAUCAUUUAGCCGACCGCGUAGGUGCCAUUAACGUAUACAUCCCUUGUCUGGUUUUAACUGGACUCGUGGAGUUGGCUAUGCUGGGUUGUAUCAAUGUAGUGGGGUUGAUUCUUUUCUCUAUAUUCUACGGAUUUCUUUUUGGAUCUGUGAUCGCUCUUUAUUUGCCCAUGAUCUCUGAAUUGACGCCUCCGGGAGUCGAGAUGGGAAAGCGUAUGGGUGUGGCUUUGAUACCUAUCGGAGUCGCGUCAAUGGUUGGGCCACCUAUCACUGGUGCUAUCCUCGGACCGGACUACGUUUGGUGGAAGGCCAUUGUUUUCUCAUCAAUUAUCAUACUUGCCGCUUCUGCGUGUAAUAUAACAGCUCGUCAGGUGCACAGAAGAGGAGCAAGUGGUCAGCUUCCGCCUCGGUGCGAGUCACCUCUCGACACUCCUCAUGCUUUAGAUAGCGUGAGCACCGACUUGGAAAAAUCUUGCCACCAUUGAGGUGACGAAUAUGAUAUAUUCUCUAUUCUUACAACUAGACUAUCAUUCAUGCAUUCAUAGUCGCUGGCGCAUAUCGGCAUCGUGACUUGUAGCUCCAGCGACGUCCCUGAUCUUGACGAUCGAUGUAUCCAUUGUUUUUAUGUUCUUCUAUUUCAUUUAUUCUCAUGUAUUGAUUCUUGGUCUCACUGGCAUCCAAUCCAUCCAAUGUGUUUUCA